UCAUGAUUUUCAUGUCAUUGCAUCAUCAUAUCUUAACCUUUCGAAAUCGACGCUUGAAAAUGUAUUUUUUUCUGAAUUUGACACAGAAAUGUCAACAAACUAAAUAAUUACAUGUAAAAAUAAUGUACUCACGUAAUAUGUUUCAGAAUUUUGCAGUGUGCAGGGCCAGCCUUAUUGGCAUUACUCGUUCUGCGCAUUCUAAACAAAAAAUUGGAAAUGGUUCCAAAAGUUAUUCGAUAUUACAUAGUCACAAUGCACUGGUACAGUCACAAUUGCCUCAAACAGCAGACAUGCAAGGUUUAUCUGUUCGAUUAUAUUCCAAUCCAGCUAGGAGACCUAGUUUCUUCUCUCAAUUUCUUGAAAAUAUCAAGCAGGAAAUGCAAAAAAAUAAAGAAAUGAAGGAAUCCUUGAAAAAGUUCAGAGCAGAAGCAGAGAAGCUUGAACAGUCGGAUGCAUUGAAAUCCGCAAGACAGAAGUUUCAGGCAGUAGAGUCAGAAGCCACCAAAAGUUCUGAAGUUCUCAAAGAAAAAUUGGACAGCUUAAAGGGAAAGGUACAAGAAGUUAUCGAGGAAGCAAGUAAGACAGAAUUAGGUAAGAAAGCUGGACAGUUAGGAGAGGAAAUAACAAAAUCUGCGAAAGGGGCUGCAGAAACGAUCACAGAGAAAAGUCAAGCUUUGGGUAAAACAAGCGCGUUUCAGACGAUAUCGCAAACUGCGGAAGCUGUGCGCGAAGAAUUGGAUCAUCAAGGAAUGCAUGGAAAGGUUUAUGUUCCGCUUAAAAAAUUGAGGAAAAGGAAAGAUGUAAUAGAGAACGAUGAUAAAUGCGUUGCACCAAACGAAGAGGCUAUGGGCGUCGAGUUACACAAAGAUUCGAAAUUUUACCAAUCGUGGCAAAAUUUUAAGGAUAAAAAUCCAUAUGUGAAUAAAGUUUUGGAUUGGAAAAUAAAAUACGAGGAAUCGGACAAUCCUUUAAUUCGUGCUUCCAGACUGUUAACAGAAAAGGUUACAGAUAUAAUGGGUGGACUAUUUCAAAAGACAGAACUUUCGGAAACGCUGACAGAAAUUUGUAAACUGGAUCCAAACUUUGAUAGGGUACAGUUCUUGAGAGACUGCGAGACUGAUAUUAUACCAAACAUUCUCGAAGCAAUGGUAAGGGGAAAUCUCGAAAUAUUAAAAGACUGGUGUCACGAAGCCCCAUAUAAUUUAAUAGCACAGCCAUUGAAGCAAGCAGAAAAAUUAGGAUAUCAUUUAGACAGCAAAAUAUUAGAUAUUAAUAACGUGGAUUUAAUAAUGGGUAAAGUAAUGGAACAGGGGCCAGUUUUAAUGAUCAGCUUUCAGUGUCAACAGAUUAUGUGUGUGAGAGAUGCUAAGAACAAGGUCGUAGAAGGAGAUCCUGAGAAAGUAAUGCGCGUUAAUUAUGUGUGGGUAUUAUGUCGUGAUCCUACAGAACUCAAUCCAAAAUCUGCGUGGCGUUUACUCGAUCUUAGUGCUACUAGUUCAGAGCAAUUUGUAUAGUGUAUAGCUUACACGGUGGUCUAAUUGAAACUUUAAAAAAUUAACGUGAGCAUGUGACUGAAGAAUAAGUGAGACAUGAUAUGUGUUCUAUUAUUGCUUCGAAUUUAACUAUAUCGAAAAGAAUGAUUCUAAUUAGGGUUCGUAAUGUGUACAUUAAUCCAUCUGAGAUGGAUGCCGGCUUAUAUAAUAUUACGAUGAUAUUCGAUCAGGGUCUGUAGCUUAGAUUGCAGACAUUUUAAGAAGUCUGAAAUAUUUUGAUCGUUCUAGACAAAUAGAAAAUAAAAAUAAGUUAUAUCAUAGUCACGUAUCAAAACAUAAAAAUUCAUUUUUCUAACACAUUGUUACAAUACUUUUUUUUUAUGUAUUUGAACAGUACUAUCAUUUAUCGUUUGUGUCACAAAAUGUACAUUAUAACUUAUGCUCGUCUAUUUUUAGGAUUAUAACUGUUUCCAUAUGUUGGAACAGCUAAUCGAAUAUUAAUGUACUUUGUUAUUUAACUAUAUUUCAUAGUUAUACGUAUGCAUAUGGUCUAACCAUACACCUGCGUGAAUAUUACAAAUUUUAGUAAAAUUGUUUCUGUAUAUACUCGAGUCUCAACAUUCAAAUGUCAAGUGUUAGGUGAUACAACAAUCUAUAUUUCUUGCAAAAUAUUCUUUUCGUCGUGAAUAUUUUAAGGUACGCUCCGAAGAAACAUAAUAUUUGAACGUUUUACGAUUGAACAAAGUUAUGCAUCACGCAUAGGAAAUUCGUUAUAAAUAAAGUUAUAUUAUGUAUAAGUGUACAUAUGUACAAGUUCAUGUUUAUAGCAUUACAUUGUACAGCGCAUAGCUUAUUAACGAAAUCAUCAAUUAUUUUUUAAAAAUUGUAAUAUAUAAAUAAAUAAAGCGAAACUUCCAGAUAGAAACAGAA